UUUGAUACACUAAAGUGAUUUAUUUAGUUGGUAAAUCUGGGAGGAAAGGUUCCUUGAUGGAUCGAUUGAUUAGUUGAUUGUAGUGACUGAUUACUGGUUAACUGGUAUGAUUGAUUGAUUGAUGGGGACCUUCCGUUCCGUCAUAGCCUCUCUUGGUUUCAUAUACGGGCUAUCAAUAGGAGGCUGCAAAAAUAGAACCCCUUGGGGAGAAAAGAGUUGUUAGAAGGGAUGUAAAAAGUUAUAUUGUGAGUUCAAGAUUGCCUUUGAACAAUGUGGCUUUAUUCUAACCGUGUAUCAAGACAUCUAAUUUGCAAAACUUGCCAAGUUUCAUGUUUCCUGUCAAGGAAGUAUGGGACAAAUAGCAACAACUAUGAUGUAGCGAUAGUUGGUGGUGGCAUCGUUGGCUUGGCAACAGCUCAGGAGCUGAUCAAAAGGCAGCCAAAAUUAAAAUACAUUGUCCUUGAAAAAGAAAAACAACUUGCUUCACAUCAAACUGGACACAAUAGUGGUGUAAUACAUGCUGGUAUAUAUUAUAAGCCAGGAACAUUGAAAGCAAAGUUGUGCGUUGAAGGCUUAGAAUUGACCUACAAGUAUUGCGAUGAACACAAUAUUCCAUACAAAAAGUGUGGCAAAAUUAUUGUUGCAGUAACAAAUGAAGAAGUACCAAGGCUGGAGGACUUGUAUAAAAGAGGGGUUACAAAUGGGGCAAAAGGCCUCACAUUUUUAUCAAAAUCAGAAAUGAAAGAGCUUGAACCACAUUGUGAGGGCAAAAUAGGACUGUACUCACCAAAUACUGGCAUUGUUGACUGGGGACUCGUAGCAAGAAAAUUUGGUGACGUUUUUGAAAAAUCUGGAGGCACAAUUGUAACUGGAUUUGAGGCAACUGACUUCAGAAGUUCCUUAGGAAAUCCAAGUAUAAAUACCAAUGAUCAAGGUGAUAGCUACCCAAUACAGAUUUUUGGUAAAAGCAAGGCGCCCAUUAAUUGUCGAUAUGUGCUUACAUGUGGAGGACUUCAAUCAGAUAAAUUGGCAGAAAAAACUGGAUGCAGCAGUGAGCCAAAGAUAGUCCCCUUCCGAGGGGAAUAUCUUGUGCUGAAGCCUCAUAAGCAGUACUUGGUAAAAGGAAAUAUAUACCCGGUCCCAGAUCCAAAGCUCCCCUUCCUUGGUGUUCAUUUUACUCCUCGCAUGGAUGGUGGUAUAUGGCUAGGACCAAAUGCUUUACUUGCCUUCAAAAGGGAAGGAUACAAAUUUACCGAUUUUAAUAUAGCCGAUUUAGCAGACUCGCUCAGCUUCAGAGGUCCAAGCGGAGUUCGUGCCCAGGCUCUCGACAAGGAGGGAAAUCUUGUUGAUGAUUUCGUAUUUGAUGUCGGAGAAAGUGACAUUGGAAAACGUGUUUUGCAUGUACGAAACGCUCCAUCACCUGCGGCAACGUCAUCCCUGGCAAUUGCAAAAAUGGUUGCUGAUAGAGUCCAGAGUCAGUUUCAGUUGUAGCUUACAGUGUUUCAAUGACAAAUAUUUCAACUUUUAAUUUUUUUCUAAAUUCGAUCAAAAUAUUAAAUGGAAUUUAGGUAUAAUGAUUAAAUUGAUAUAUUUAAUCAUACGUUCCAAUUCAUGCAUUGGAACGAAACUUACAAAAUAUUUAAUUCGAUUCUCAAAAUUAGUUUUUCAAAUGAUCGCAGAUCGCUUCAAGGACCUGAACUACCUUAAGGAGUAAAAAGAUUUGUUUUUGAUGACACUUUAGCCUCUCCAGAAUGUACUUCAAACAUGCAUUAUAUGCAUUUUUCUGAUCGCGCUCAAAUACAUCAAUUUUCUCCAUUAAAUGUAAACUUUAGUUAACAUAACUAAUUUAACUAACAUAAUAAGUUUUUUCUUUCAUUUGAAACAUUAUAAGAAAAAAAAUCUAAUUUAUGUUUAGGACGUUUGUUUCAAGAAUCUUUUCUAGAAUAUUGCCGCCCAUGAUGUAGAUAUGAAUGUUCUUAUUAAAAAAAGAUGGGGAUUUUAAAUUUAUUAAUGUCAGACCUAUUUUGAAAAUAGAUCGUUCCCGCAGGUGAUUUCAUAGUCGUUUUUAAUUUUAAUUUUUUUGCAAAUAAUGUGAAUCGGGAAUAGAUUUUUUCAUAACUCAUCAAGUGAAAUAUGAAUUUAGCCAAGUCAUAACAUUAUGCACUGCUACAAUCCAUUGUGCUAUUUCCUAAUGUAAUAUUGUGAAUUUAGGCAUAUUUGCUAACUUGUAUUGCUUUAAAUCUUUCACAAUUCACAUAAAACCACAUGCGUUUGAAAUAUAGAGAAAUGACAUGUAAAUUUGACCAAUUUCUGCUUCCUUCUCUUCUAAAGCAUUUAAAUUAGAUUUCACUGCUUUCUUUUUUUAAUAAUUACAUAUAGGUUUGUUUUACUGGCCAUUUGUUUUGAUUCAAGAAUUUAAUACUGAAACUCUAUGAAGCUUUUUUGUGGAGUGAAAACUGCAUUAGAUUGAGCAAAGUGGGUGGGAUUUUUUAAAUCUCCUGUAAGUAAGGUUUAUUGCAAAAUUAAUAUUCUUUAAUGGCUGGCACAAAAUAAUAUACGGCCAUUGCUUUCUUUGGCUUUUUGCUUCCCACUGCAAUCUUAACCAAUUUUCUAUCUCUAGGACUUUCGUUUCAAAUGGCAGUAGAAACGUUGGUCUGGCUUUCAGCUUAAAACGUAGUUGAACUCGCUCAAACGUACUAACUAAAAAGAAGAGGGUUAGUGUCUUUCAUAGCUAAUUUGAGCAUAACAAUUUUUACAUUCUUGAUCUAAAAUAGAAUGGAUCUUUUCGUGAUUUGGCCAAAGUUUUUCAAGUCCAAAAAGAUGACACUGAAUAAGACUGAAACGAAUUGUCAGCUUAAUUUGCUGUAUAUACACUACUGUGCUAAUUAUUAGACAUUUCCGUUAAGAGGCCAAGCAUAAUGCGAAGAAGGUCGGUGGCUAGGGUCGCGGACUAUAAAUUCAAGGGUCUGUUGUUCGAGUCCCUGACAUGCCCAAAUUUUCAUCCAAGAUAAGGAAAGUCACCAGCUCCCUGUAACUCCAGGCGUAGGAUUCGGCCUAGAACUAUUUCUUUGGCCUAAAAUUAGGAUUUCGACCUAAAAUUACUGAAUAAGGUGUUAUAAGGCGUAUUUCUAGACAAUAUAAACUGCAGAUAUAGCUGCUUGUGUGGCUAUUUCAAUCUUUCUUUGUAAUUGUGUAGAUAAUACAAUGUAAAAU